UUAUUCCAUGUAUAUACUUAUGCUUGAUGGAAACUCACCAUCUGCCUACAGCCAGAUGAAAGUCGAGUCCAUGAUCCACCAAAAUUUAUGCCAGUGAGCUAGCUAGCUGCUUCUAUUCUGUCCGCAAGGCUAAUUGCUAUAUGCCUAGCUACUUUCUUGCAGCGAGUGAAGACAUUUAUAUUAUUACGUGCUAAAGGGCUCUGUAGGGUUCUAUACAGGAAAGGUCAUGAAGAUGAUGGGGCCCCUUGUUGAAUAAAAGUUGAGCUAUAUUUUGACAGCCCCAUUUUGCCUUAGAGAUUGUUCUUUCUUUAAAAUGGAUGAGAAGAAGCAAAAACAUGGAUCAGGGACGGAAGAAGAGUUAAAAAACAGAACAAAUAAAUUUCGCACCUAACCCCUUAUAUUAAAUGUGUAUUCUAAAUUUCUGGGCAUUCAACUUUAGUAUUGAAAGCAGAAAACUCUUACUAGUGGAACCCAUUUAUUUUGGCCGACGAUUCGGUUUCUUUAAUGGCUCUUUCAGUAAUAUCUGCAAUUACCAAAAACCAGUAUCCUGUGAAGAAACAAAGGGGUUAUGUCGACGUAACCGUAAUUAAUUAAUGGAGGGGAGUGUUCUUGUCAGAGUAUGCAGGUGCCUCGACACGUGUUUGUGCCUACACUGUCUCUUCAUCAAACGUUGCAGUGUUGCAAGGGGAAAAAUUAGUCAUUCACGACCUUCUGAUUAAAGGAAGACAAAAAAAAUGAAGUUUAUGAAAAUUGGGACAAAGCCAGACACCUUCUACACAGAAGAGGCUACCAGGUAUAACAAGUGUGACUAUCCUUAUUUUACACAACUGGCAACAAUCACAAGCUUUAAAUCUAAUAGAGUUGGUGAUUGGCAACGCAGGACUGUGAUUUCAGACAUACCAAGCGAUCUUACAAUAAGGAUUAACAACAUUUGUUAUCUUCUUCAUAAGUUUCCACUUGUUCCAACAUGUGGACUCCUACAACGACUGUGCUCUGAUUCUGAGGAUUCUGACAUUGUAAUCAUAGAUCUUCAUGAUAUCCCCGGAGGUGAAGAUGCUUUCGAACUCUGUGCUAAAUUUUGCUAUGGGAUAACAAUCAGUCUCAGCGCCCAUAACUUUGUACCUGCAUUUUGUGCUGCUAAGUUCCUUAGAAUGACUGAAUCAAUUGAGAAGGGAAAUUUUGUUCUAAAACUGGAAGCUUUCUUCAAUUCAUGCAUUCUUGAAGGUUGGAAGGACUCAAUUGUCACACUACAGACUACAAUCAAGUUACCUGAGUGGUCAGAGAACCUUGGAAUCAUUAGAAGGUGCAUUGAUUCUAUUGUAGAGAAAAUCCUCACACCCCCAGCAAAGGUUUCAUGGUCCUACACUUAUACUAGGCCAGGAUAUGUCAAAAAACAACACCAGUCUGUUCCAAAAGAUUGGUGGACAGAAGACAUAUCUGAUCUUGACAUAGACCUGUUUCGAUGCAUAAUUACUGCUGUUAGAUCGACCUAUAUGCUGCCACCGCAGCUCGUUGGUGAAGCUUUGCAUGUUUAUGCCUGUCGUUGGCUACCAGACACUACAAAGUCUAGACCCCCACAGAGUUCGGGUUCCCUGACUGAAGAAUCUAUGAAAAAAAGCAGGCGAAUUCUUGAAUUCAUUGUCAGCAUGAUUCCUGCCGAUCGAGGUUCAGUUUCAGUUGGCUUCUUGUUAAGGCUCCUUAGCAUCGCAAAUUAUCUAGGAGCCUCCCCAGUAACAAAGACUGAACUGAUAAGGAAAGCUGGUCUGCAAUUUGAGGAGGCAACAGUAGGUGAUAUGCUACUUCCUUCCCAGUUGUCUUCUGAUCAGCACUACUAUGAUAUUGACUUGGUUUCAGCAGUAUUGGAAAGUUAUUUGGUGCUAUGGAGAAGACAAUCCCCUGCAUCUGCAGAAAACAGCCACUUGCUUAGAUCAGUUAGAAAGAUUGGAAAGCUUAUAGAUUCGUAUCUUCAAGUUGUUGCAAGGGAUGUCAACAUGCCAAUAUCCAAACUAGUUUAUCUAGCUGAAGCACUGCCAGAUAGUGCCAGGGGAGACCACGAUGGCCUUUAUAAGGCAAUUAAUAUUUAUCUCAAGGAGCACCCUGAUCUAAGUAAAGCAGAGAAGAAGAGCCUCUGCAGAAUGCUAGACUGCCAAAAACUGUCCCCAGAGAUACGUGCCCAUGCUGUGAAGAACGAGAGGCUACCAUUGAGAACAGUGGUGCAAGUCCUCUUUUUCGAACAAGAGAGUGGUUCCAGGGCAACAGGUCAUAAACCAGAGCUGAUCUCCAAAGCAAGACAGACACAAGCUACGGAAGAAGAGGGUGAUAAGCCGCAACAGGAGGCAAGGAGAAGGAACACGGUUCCUGAAAGCAGCGAAAGAGAGCAUCACGAAAAGAUGAAAAGCUUGGAGGGAAAGGGGGUAAGAGGGAACAUUGGGGAAGCAGAAUCCGAGAAGGGCAAAGAAAGGAGAGGUGAAGCGAAUUCUGCAAGCAAAGUGGAUCCCAAGAAGAUAGUACAAAGGAGAAGUAGAUCAGACCAAGGGCAUGAUAAAGGUCGAGAGAGAUAGUCGAAUUAAUGCAAUCAAUCCUGAACUUGAAGACUCUCUUCCCCAAUUCUCUGUGCUAUUGUGUUUCGUGUACCCUUUUGCAUAUAUAAUUGCAUUGCAGUAAGUAAUGCACCAUUUGUGGUAGCUAGGCAAAAAGAGUUCUUAUCAGACCAGAAAAAACAAAAGGAAAAAAGAGACUUCUUUUCAGCUGUAAAGACCAAUAAAUAACUUAGCUACACUACUGUCCUAUUGAAUAGAAGAAAAGAGUUGGUUCGUGAACCGAAA